UUUGAACCAAUGGAUUUGUUGCAGAAGCAAGUCUUUUCCCAUCAGGAUGCAUGGACCUCGACCCAUUCAGCAUGGAACAGCUGGGCCAGAUCCAUGAGCCGCAUGUCUUCUUUACAGAGCGUGAUUGCCCUUGAAGCAAAGAGCUCCUCAUUCCAGUCCACUGACAAUUUGUAUCCACACUAUGCAGCUAUGGAGAGAAACAAUCUGAUGAGACUGGCUCACACCAUUCCCUUCACUCCUGUCUCUAUUCUAGGAGUUGAAGAGGUGAGCGUGUACUCUCUGGAGGAAGUUCCCUCUGAUGCUGACCCUUAUGCCGGCACAGUCUCGUCCUGGUCGUCACGCGGCCUGUCCGCCCUGCUGCAGCCCCUCUCCAGUGAAGAGGGCUCUCUGGACGGGGGUCUCCGGCAGGGCUGCAGGGUGCUGUGCACCUGGGCUGAACGUGACGUGCUGAGACCCGGCCUGGUAUACGUGGUCAAAGCCUUCAGGCCGGAGGUGGUUCGUGCCUGGCAGAGGAUCUUCCAUGGUAGCACAGCACUGCUGCUUUGCUUAAGGGAGAUCCAGCAGCAGAGAGCAGCCCAGAAGAUGAUGCAAGAGUUCAACGAGGUCAAACCUGAUGACAUGCACCACUCACCAAGAUUCCUAGAUGUAGCGUUGGUCCUCUGGCAAUCCAAUGGCCAGUGGCUGACUAUUGAGAGGAACAUGACAGGUGACUUCAGGAAGUACAACAACAACACAGGAGAGGAGAUCACCCCCUGCUGUUCACUGGAAGAAAUGCUGCUGGCAUUCUCACACUGGACAUACGAGUACUCAAACAGAGAGCUGCUGGUGCUCGACAUACAGGGAGUAGGAGCGGAGCUGACGGACCCGACAGUCAUUAUGUCGGAUGAUCAAAGUGGAAGCAGGGGUGAGAUGCUUUUUGGUCCAGAUAACCUCGGAGAUGCUGCCAUCAGCGGUUUCCUGCAGAGACACUCUUGCGGUGCCUGCUGCCGCAGACUGGGCCUAGCAGAUUUAAGGAAGUGUUUGGACGGCCGUGAGAACAGCAGCGAGGCUGAGCCGACGCCGCGGAGGGAAGAACAAGAGGACAAUGAAACUAGGAUGUAACCUUUGACCCAGGAAGUAGGGAAAGAAAGACACUUGCACUUUUACCAACACAUGUACAUGUGUGUACCGCGACAUGUCUGCCUGAACACACACAUCUAUGACCUGCGUAAUGUGUGCCUGAGUUAGUCCUGAUCUCUUUGCUGCGGAAACAGCGCGAGUGAAGAGGGACCAUGAGCAGUCUGGGACUGGACUCUAGAGAUGAUAUUAAAUUAGGAUCUAAUAUAUUAUUUAAAUAUAUUAAGCAAAAACUGUCAGGAGGGAUCUUUGCAAUUGUUCUUAUAAAAAGGGGUUUAUUUCAUUCAGCUGUAUUUAAUCAAUCAUAAUACAGUUAUAACAUGUUUUUACAAAAGUCUAAAUCACUAUUUUUUCUAUAAAUAUGUUUUUAUAUUGAUACAAUUAAUGUAAUAGCUUAGACACUAAUACAUGAUUGAUUCAUUUCCAUGGGUAAAGUGAUUUCAUAUUUUGUUAAUAUAAAACAAUCUUUAAAUUCAACAAUGUUUGUGUGAAAGAAAAACAAGACAGAAAUGCACCCAUAAAAUUUCUUUUAUUUUUUUUUCUUCCCACAACAAAAUGUCUACAAAAGCGAUAAAAUAUAGUAUUUAACAAAAAUCACUUCAGACCUUCACAUUGUAUAUACAUGUCAAAGGAGGACUCGGUAAGGGCCCUGCAUAACUCUGAACUUCAACCCACGUUGAUCCAUCAAGUGUGGGUGUUUGUGGCUCUACUUAAUGCAAAUGCACACACACACACCUAGACACACUCUUUCAUUCUCAUGUGAAAA